GACACUUGGAAAUGUCCUAGAGCUGUAUGUGGGCCACAGGUAAGAGAACACAGACAAUUGCUAUUAAUACCUGUGUCCAAAUUUUCCUUUGGCAGUGACAAGCUAUAGUGAAGUUUCUUUACAUAAAUUUGACAGUCCUUAAGAUUCUAAGCAGAAGUCCAAAACCAUCUGUGAGGUUACAGGGAAAUGCUGAUAUAUAUUUUUUUUAAAAAGGAUUAACUUUCUCAGCCGUCCCUACUUAUGAAUAAGCCUUGUCAUUGCAAAUCAAACAUAUGGUUGAAUUGUCUAAAGAUCACAAGGAACUUAGAGAAAGACAGGCAGCUAAGUUGAAAGGGCAACACUGUUGGAGAUUGUGUUCUUUAAUUAUAUUAUAUUCACUAGAAACAACAGCUGUAAAGGAAAAAAUAGAUAAUAUGGUAUUGGUUGUACUUAAAAGUGACCCAUCAUCUUAAACAUGAAAAUGGCUUAGCAACAUGAGAAACUGCCUUGUAUGAAGUCAGACUUAGCUCAGUAUUCACUGACUGGCAGCAGCACUCCAGGGUUUCAGAGAUUCCCUACAGAUGCAGACCCCCCAAGUGUCCUUAUUUUUAGAGAAGCUGUUUUGGUUUCUGAUUUGAUCCUGGAAUGUCCCUUUUCUCAGGAUGUCCCAUUUUCACUGGAGAAAUGUAAGAGGGCAUGAUGUUGUCUGAGCCCAAGCCAUCUGAAGGCAAUCUUGUAUAGGGAAGUUUUUGUUAAUGUCUAAUGUUUUAUUAUGUUUUUAUAUAUGUUGGAAGCUGCCAAGUGUGGCUGGAGUAACCCAGUAAGCUGUGUUGGGUAUAAACAGUAAAAUUAUCUUUAUGGAAUGGGACAUCCCUGUUUUCAUUGGAGAAAUGUUGGAGGGUAUGCAGAUGUCAGGGAUUGAAUUUGGAGCAUCUGCUUUGCAUACAAAAGGUCCCAACUAUGAGCAACAGCCUUUAAAUUUGAAGUGCUUAUGUUCUGAACUUCCAUCAAAAUAUGCUGGUAUCGGGGUGGGUCCCAACCUCAUUAUUGCAUUUUAAGACUCUAAAAUAAGGAAUCAAGCACUGUUCACCCUCUAAAAAUGAUAAAAGAAAGGGGAGUGAUGAUCUGAAACAGAAUUUUGCUUUCCCAAGUAAAGAAAGGCUGACACAAGAGACAGACACUAUUCUGGUGAUUAUUGAUAGAUUACAGUAACUGCAUUUAUCUGUAUUCUUAGCUGAAGCCACUUGCAGAAUAGCUGUUAAGUAUAUUAACUCACAAAUAUAUCCUACAAUGUCUCAGUAAAGCAUGCACAGGAGUGCAGCUGGGAAAGGCAAUCCUAAACAUAUUUACUCAGAAGUAAGUCCUGCCAAUUCUGUUAGCAGUCAUGCUCAGGUACACAGUGUGUAGGUCAGUUUAGGACUGAUUUUUGUUGAGCAGCUCAGAUUUUUUUAAAAAACCAACGAAGAAACAAAUGUGGUCAAAAUGCCAAAAGCUUAAGGGGGUGGGGAAAAGUAGUAGUUAAAAGAAUUACAGCCUCCCAUUUUAAAUGUGGAGAAAAGAUUAUGGAGGAUAUUAUGUUAAACACGCAAACAAGUAGCAGUUAUACAAAUUAUGCUAGGCUCCCCCUUCCCCCUGUUAAGAUUUUUAAAGCCCGUUGCAGUUUGAUUUAAAACAGUUGCAUUUUCUGGAGUUUUCAGGCCACAUAUCAAACAAAAAAUUAAGAUGGAGAUACAGUAGUAGACAGGUUUCUGCAACACCCAGUGAGGAUUCGUGAAUGCUGUGUUACACUAACUGAAGUGUUAGAUGCAGGAUUAUUAUUUUUUUGUAUUGAACCCUAUUGGAAUCUUGUACACAAUAAAGGUUUGAGAAUAGGGAUAUCAACAAAUAAUGAUUUUUAAAACAGCAAAUGAAUCCACACCUUCGCACCCGACUAAACAAGCCUCCUUGACCCAUCGCCGGAACUCUCUGCUCUCGCCCAAAGCCAGCGCCGGAUGCCUAUUCACGCCGGCCGGAAGCACCGCGUUUAACCCGGAAGUGGAGCGCCGGUAACCAGGAAGUGCCACUCACCUGAGCCACUGGCUCGCAGAGACGCCAUUUUCUCAGCGUCCAGCCGCGACCAUGGGUUCGUCGAAGCGGCACCGGGAGCGGGGCGAGACCUCCGAAGAACCUCCGCCUCCUGCCUCCGGCACCGGUGGCACCGGGACUUCGUCGUCGUCGUCGUCCCGCCACCGCGAGCACAAGAAGCACAAGCAUCGGAGCAGCGGCGGCGGCGGCAGCAACAACGGGAGCGAGCGGCGGAGCAAGCGGAGCCGGAGCCGGGGCGAACGGAGCAGCCGGCGGAGCGGCGGGGAUGAGGCGGCCACCGCUACCGCCUCCUCCUCCUCCUCUUCCCGGGGAAGCCGUGCUGCCGCUAGCGGGAGCCAGGAAGGCGAGGUGGGGAGGCGGAUCAAGCGGGAGAAGCGCGACGAAGGAUAUGAAGCCGCCCAAAGCUCAGGUGGGGGAAAAUGGGCAAGGGAAGGCGGGGGGAGGGGUCCGGCCCACUCCGAUAUUCAAAACGGCAACGAGGUUUUUUUUUUGUCAUUAUUUGUUAAAUGUGUUGGUCGCUUUUUCCCCGUCCCGCACUAAGGUAACUGAAAGUGACUUGAAAUACAUGGAUCACAUACGAUAAAAAAAAACAGCCCAAACAAACAAAACCUCAAAAAAAUAUAAAAGAGGCAUCUUGUUUUUAAAAAGGCAGGAUGGAAACAUCUCACCUACCCACUCAAAGCCGCUGUAGAUAAUUGAAAGCCAAAUGCCUGGGUUAAAAUGGAUUGUAUUCACCUGGUGCCCGAAGAUAUGUAGUGAUGUCACCAGACGAGCCCCCCCCCCAGCAUUUCACAAAUGGGGAGCCACCACUGGAAAGGCCCUGUUCUCAUGCUGCCACCAACCACACUUCCCAACAAGUAGAUUAACGAAAAGGGGGCUCAGGUGAUGGUUGAAAGGUCCAUUUUGGGGACCUUACAUGCCACUCUUGAGUUCCUGGGGUGGAGGGAUAGAUAUCUGAGCAGCCAAAUAAUAAGCAAGGAGAUUCAAAUGAACCAGUUUCCUUUACACCAAGGCCCAAUGGUCACAAACGGUGAACUGUAGCCUAAUAACACCUGGAUACCACCAUAAGGGCUAUCACUGCUUUACACCCUAGGAAAGGGUGGGACGGGGAGAAAGAGUAAGGCUGGAAUCCUACUCAUCUUUAUCUGGGAGUAAAUGCCACCAAAUACAGUGAGGAAAGACUUCAGCCCUGUGGUAGAGCAUAUGCUUUGCAUGAAGAAAGAUAAGCCAAUGCAGCAGCCCAGGGCCCUCCAGAUGUUUGGGUCUCCCACUCCCUGGUGGUAUUUUAGUCCAAAUUAACCAGGUGGGUGAAGGCUGCAACACAGUUUUCUGUAUUCCUUUGUUGCAGCAGAGCCCACACCUUACAGAUUCCAACACUUCACUGGUAGAAAAUAGGAAUGUGCUUGGAUCACCAAGCAUCACUUCCCGAGCUUCUUCCCUUCCCUAGUUUAAAGGCUCUUCACUCCCUGUCAAUACUACCUAUUGAAGUGGAUUCCAAUCUACAAAAACUAAUAAGGGUAAUGUGCUUGUUAAUCUUUUAAUGUGUCACAAAACCCUUGUGUUUGUUGCAGCAGACUUGAUAUGGCUUCUUCCUUGGAAGUCUGUACGCAAUACAGUAUUUACUUUGCAAUAACCCAGUCCUCAACUGAUUUAAAAGCCAGGGGGUGGGGGUUUAGGCCUUAGAAAAACAUGGCACAUUAUCAGUUAUUGGAGAUGUACCUUGAGUAUUAAUUGGGUCCCCAAGUCUGAAUCCCUGGAAAGCCCCUGCUGUUCAGUACAAGAUGGACCUGUGGCCUGACCUGGCAAAAGGCAACCUUCUGUGUUGUGGGCUAAAACUGAUGUCAUCUUUGAUUAUGGCUGCCUGGGGCUUAUGGGAGUUGUAGUCCAAAAUGUCUGGAGGACACCAGGUUGGGGAGGGCUAUUUUAUAUCAAUUCUGUAUUCUUGUAGAUAUAUAUCAUGAGAAUUCUUGUGCUUUGGGUAAUGCUUAAUGAUCAGGAAAGAGAAUGACAUGUUAGGUGUCCCUGUGUUCAUUUGCAUGGCUGUAAGAGGUUUCUCCUGACAUUGAAUUCAGGCAGACUGUGAGCCUGGAUAGGGUCAGAGUGCCCUAUUGCAGCCCUGCAUGUGCUGGCUUCGAAAGAGGGCCAUUUGAAGUGAAUUCUGGGGGACAGGAGUUAAGCAGGGAAUGCAUGGCUACAAUCUUAAGCAUGCUUUUCAGGGGUGUCUGUCCCACAGAGUACAAAAGUAUUAUAUUUAAUAAUACUUUUGGAUAAAGAAGAGCAGUAGGAACAUCUGAGGACCAUAGAGAUGACAUUUUACUCAAAGCCCCGGCUCCAGUUAUUAGUCACUAGCCCCGCUUCAUUUUUUUAAAUAUGUUAAAUGUUGUUUUAUUGUCAGCUGCAUUGGAGCAGAGAUCGAGAACCUGUGAGGCCAUUUAAAAAAUACACACACACUUGUCAGUCAGCUGACAUCACUGGAAUGGAAGGGGACAUCAGCUGAUGGGGUGGGAUUUGAUUCUAUGUUGGUUGUGAGCACAAGGCAUGUACAGUGAAAGCUCAGUGCAGUGAUGUGUGAAAGCCCUUUUGCAAACUGCCCCAUGCUUGGGAGGUUCAAAGGGUAACGUAGUGUUGCUUGCAAAAUGGCUUUCAAACAGCCCCACACUGUUCUUUGAAGUCCUGACCACCUGGGCUUCGAAGCACUGUGUCACUAUGUUGUUGUUAUUGUUGUUAUUUCACCUUGGUGCUGCUAGUGCAGUGGUUUGGCUUCACCCCCAAAAGUGCACUCCAUUAUUAUCUCUUGAGGCAAAUGGAUGCCAACAAUAUUUAUAAAUCACCCUUCAUCCAAGGAUCACAGGGCGAUUUAAAAUACAGAAACACAAAAGACAUAACACAAUAGCAAACAAAACAAUAACUCCCCACCCACCACCCCAUGUAAAUCCCAUCCUGACUGCCUUUGAAGAAGAUUGGAAUCUAAACAUGGUGGGAGAAAUGCAAGAACGUUCAUAGCUUGGACUAAAUAUUUUUUUCCCCUUUAGCUAACCAAACUUCUCUCUGUCUUUAUUCCCUAACAGUUGUCGGUCCAAAGUCUAGCUCGGGAGAUGCUUCCCUCAGCAUUGAGGAGACAAAGUGAGUGCGACAGAGCCUGAUGUCUUUCUGUAUCCCUGUAGUUUUGAAAAUGCCUCCUGCUGUGAUCUUUUGAGAGCUGGCUCUUGUGCAGGGCUGACUAAUUAAAACUGGCGCAUUUGAGAGUUGCUAACUCGGAUUUAAAUACUCGACUGGAUUUGAUAAGGGAUACCAGCUGAAGGGAAGGAGGGAAGUCACAAGCUCAGCAGAGCAAAAAGGUUUAUAUGUUGAUUAAUGUACUGUAAGAAUGGUUGUGUAAGGAAAAUAACAAAAAAUUAUUGAAGAAAAAAAGAGAGAGCUGCUAACUUGGAGCUGGGCAGAAAACUCCCCAAAGUGAUCUCUGGAGAAGCAGGAAGUUGCUGCAUAGACAAUGGAGCCAUUGUGACUUGCUGAGCAGGGUUUGAUAUUUCUGCCUUUCUCUCGACAGCAAGCUUCGGGCUAAACUUGGGCUGAAGCCUUUGGAGAUCAAUUCUGUCAAAAAGGGUGAGUGAUUCCGGUUUCUGUGCCACAUGGCUUCAUGGCCUCAGACUCCAUUCAGAGAAAAGCCCUUGGUGUUCCUCUGCUGCUGCUGUACCUUCCAGGAUUCUUGCCUCCCCGCUGCUGGCUGCUAAAGCAAGAGGAAGCAUGGCAUGCUGGUUAAAGGGGAACACUAGCCCACGCACUGUGGCUCUGUUGGUUGCCCAGGCUUCUCACAGGUCCUAGUGUAGUGUAGUGGUUAGUGUGUCGGAUUAGGACCUGGGAGGCCAGAGUUCAAAUCCCUGCUCAGCCAUGAAGCUCACUGGGUGACCUUGGGCCAGUCACCGUCUCUAAGCCUAAUCUCCCUCGCAAGGUGGUUGUGAGGAUAAGAUGAGGGGGAGAACCACAAACACAUCAUUGAACUUUUUUGAAGAAAAAGGUGGGAUAGAAAUGCAAUAAAUAAUUAGCUGAGCAAAUAGGGUGGGGUGGGGAGGCUGUGGGGAGUGCUGAAGGUUCUCUCCGUCCCCCUGCCUUCAUAGCCGAGUUCCUAGCCUGCCUUUCUCAGAAAUAAAACAAGGUGAAAGUAAAAGAUGGUUGAUCAACGCUUGUGGGGCUGGUGCUUGGGGGAUUUUCUUUGCCUCCUUAGUUGCUGUGUAGGGCCUAGAUCCGGGGGUGGGGGGUGGGGAUCUGUACCUGGAACCAGACAAAGGGAGUCUUUCCCUGUUUGUCCUGCCAGUGCUUUUGAUACCAUGGUCUCCUUAUGGGAUGUGACUUGCAGGCUCCAUUUUAAGGUGGUUCUCGUCUUCCUUCAAGAGCCAGUACAUUCUGAAGUGGUGCAAUUUACAAUCUCAGGGUUGAGUAAGCCUUAGCUGCUGGGGCUCAGAACUUGGGUACUGCUGAGAACCCAGUGGACUCUUGUAAGAAGAGGUUUCCUCCAUCCUAGUCCAGUUACCUAUUUUUAAAAAGAGAAGACUGAGGAGCUCUACUGUUUCUAAGGCAGCCAUCUUCCCAUCCUCCAUGGCCCUUUGAUAACCUCAGCUUUUUCCCCGCCCUGCAGAAACUGGCAGCAAGGAGGACCCUGUGGCAGCUGAGGUCAUCAACCCAAUAGUGUUGAAGCAGCGAGAGGAGAUCCGGGAGAAGCUUGCUGCUGCCAAGGAAAAGAGGCUCCUGAACCAGAAACUGGGGUACCAUUUCCAUUUUCAGCUGCUCCAUCUAAAUCAAAGAUGUAACAGUGUGUGCGUGUAUGACUUCAACUCCCAUCAUCCUAAUCACUUGCCAUAUUGGCCAAGGCUGCUGGGAGCUGGCGUCCCGCAGCCUUUGGAGGGCACCAUUUUGGCCUACCUGGUUAUUUUGCCCUCAGUUUUUUCUGGUGAGGGAUAUCUCUGCUUUUGUUUGGAAAGGGACAUCUCCUUUGAGGCACUGACCUAGAUCUCCUACUCUCAUCCACUAGCAGGUCAGGUUUCCAGCUUGGCUGACUCCUUACUCCAGUGGUUGGCAAUUUCAUCAUUUAAGCUGCUUUUCUGAGUUAUUUAGUUGUUUAAUAUGUUUGUAUUCUGCUUUAACUGGAAAUUACUUGAUGGCAACUUAUUAACUAACAACUUUUAAAACUAAUGCAAAAAUAAUUAACAGUUAGCCAACUCCGUGCAGGUGGAUGCAGCUGUAGUAAAGUGAGCAGAAAGCACACUAAAUAAAGACUUUAGAAGAAUUGUAUCUAUAUAAUGCUAAUACAUAAAAUCAACAGUACUAGCAUUUUACAAACACACAAAAUCCCAAAUGAAUACGAUGAACCACCUGUUAAAAAAAAAGUUUCACUGAGAAGUCUUUCUGAGAUUAAGCAGCAGAUUGAUGGCUUCUAGUUCCCUAGGAAAAGUUCUUCAUCAGAUUCCAGCUUGAAUCAGUAAGUCCUUCUGUGGAGUUGUUUGAUGGCUGCAGUUCUCCAAACUUGCCAUGUCAUUUAAAAAAUAAUAAUAAUCAAUGGCUUCUUAUUACUAACUGCGGUUCUUGUUACUGAACUGAAGUCAUUUUGUGGGCUUAAGAAAUGAAGACUGUUUUUCAGGCAGAUAUUUUAUACAGAAAUGCAGUUGGUAACAAUAAAGAAGGUCUCUGCCUAGCACUUAAAGGAAAGUUGGCUGGGUUUUCACUCUGUCCUAGGUUUGUGAAGUCCCCUAGCUGACUUAGCUCAUUGUUAAGCUUUAAUUUAACGCCACAUUCCUCCAAGUCCUCUUCUUGCACUCCUGUUCCACCCUGUCUUUGGUGAAAACUUAGGGUCUCAUUCAAAUCUUUGGGGUGACUGGGGAAUCCUUGGGGUGAUCAUCUUUGAGCAGGGUGUUCUUCUGGUUUCCUGCCCUCAGGAAGAUCAAGUCACUUGGCGAAGAUGACCCCUGGCUCGAUGACACCGCUGCCUGGAUUGAAAGAAGUCGGAAGCUGCAGCUGGAGAAGGAUAUGGCUGAGAAGAGGGUUGGUAUUGCCCCCUUUGAGACCCUGGAGAGCUGACUGUACUUUGAUGGGAGGUGGGGAGCCUGUUGUACCAUUCAAUUCCUGUGCCAUCCUUCAGGAAAUUUGGCAGACAGCAUUCUGUCCUGCACUCCUGGCAUGGUGGAGAGAGGGAGCCAGUUCACCUGUCCUUAAUGCUAACUCCUUUCCUCCAUGCAUUUGCUUUGCCCAGACUACUGGACAUGUACUUUCCCUACCUCCACACCUUCCUUUCCUUUCAGUGUGUCCUAUCUAGAGCUGUACUCCAUGUUUUGUAUUCUUUUCUGCAACAGGCCAAGCUCUUGGAAGAGAUGGAUCAGGAGUUUGGCGUCAGCAGCCUCGUGGAGGAGGAAUUUGGGCAGAAUAAGAAGGUGAGGAGGGCAAUCCCACAAGCUCACAGACAUGAGUUGGGUUCAUGUCCCAACAGAGCAUCCCAUCAAAGGGAUAGAAUCUUCAGUUACAAUAAUAGAAUUGUAUGAAACAUGAUGAUUGCUUGGGCUGUUCUGAUUGCUGCUUUUAAUAUUCUUCCCUGCAGGUGAGCUACAGCUCACGGGAUUUGAAGGGUCUGACAGUAGAGCACACCAUUGAUUCCUUCCAGGAAGGGAAGACAGUCAUCCUGACGCUCAAGGACAAAGGUGGGGGGACAGAGAUUGCAACACUCUUGGGUUGUCCUCUGGCUUUUCCACCCAGUGACCAGGUUGCAGGCUGCAACUCUUGCUCCCACACUUGUACACAUGCAGUCACAUACGUAUGUGUGCUAUCUGUGACUCUCUCUCUCUCUCUCUCUCUCUCUCUCAUAUGUUCUGGGGGGUUCUCCUGACCUUCCCCGAAGCCAAUUUCGAGAGGGGGCAUGGGGAGGGGGAAGCCCUGUUGAGCUAGCAGAAGUCCAUUUGAGAUUUAUUCUACAUAUUCACUCUGUUCAAAAUAAAGGCGUUUCCACCCUUCUGCACUUUCCCCUUGCCCAGCCUGCCAGAGAUGGACCUUUGGGGUCUUUCCAAUGGGAGGAGAUCUCUGAACGGGCAGCAGUAAAGAGCAUGGCGAGCAGGUCCUUAUGUACAAGGGGAGGGUCUAGGUCGGCGUCCAAUGAGACAGGGUUCGGGUUCAACAAUUGUUAGCAGCAUCAGAAAGAGUUGUGUUGUGAAGUGGCUGACUUCAAGCUGACUGCCAGCUUCCUUUUAGGAGUCUUGGAGGAGGAGGGUGGCGAUGUGCUGGUGAACGUCAACAUAGUGGACAAUGAGAAAGCCAAGAAGAACGUGGAGCUGCGCAAGAAGAAGCCGGAAUACAAGCCCUAUGAGGAAGAGGAGAGCGUGGACGACAUGGUGCUCGUAAGGGAGCUUCCUUGUUUUGUUGUUUAUGGGAGGGAACCAGGCAGAAUAUACAGAAUAAAGCAUUGGGAUAGAAAAAUAGGCGUGGCAUGGCAGCAGUGGAUAGAGUUGUCCCGGAGCUGUUUUGGACUGCAGCUUGCAUCAGCCCCAGGCAGCACAACUGUAUGGGACCUGGAAGCCCAAAGCAUACAGAGGGCACCAGGUUUGGGUACAGAUAUAUAUUUCCCUCCCUCUGUAGUAGCUCAGGUUGCCCAAGGAGAGCAUCUACAGCCCACAGCCGUAUAUCAGGACAAAGGGGUCAGGCUCGAGUGUUGGGAGGAAGUGACUUGCUGGCAGGCUUGGGAAAUUUCAAGUGUUGCUGCUCUUAAGCCUCCUGGCAAGUCCCUCGGCUUUGCCCAACAGCCCCUUCUUGUUCCAGGCCCCUGGAGCUCCUCUCACAUUGGUGAAUCCCCACUCUCUCCUCUGAUCCCUUCUUUUUUCUCUGUCUCCAGUACAAGCACAAGAGUGUCCUGUCCAAGUACGAUGAAGAGAUUGAAGGGGAGAAGAAGAAGUCCUUCAAGCUGGACUCGGUGGGGAUGGCGGACGGGUCUUGGGAGCGGGAGCUGCAGCAGAUCCGGGACAGCCUGCACAACCGGGCUCAGACCCUGGAUGUGCCGGGCCUCCGCCUGGCUUCAGAAUACUUCUCGCCAGAGGAGAUGGUAAGGCAGGGAUCCUCUAUCCUCAUGUGGUUCUUGGGGGUUCCUUGAGUGUUUUUGUCCACAGCUCUUAGUCCUAGGAACUUAGGCUGGAGGAAAGAGCAGGUGUCCUGGACCCUGGAAGAUUAGAGGCAAGGGGGAAAGUUCCUGUUGUGAGAAAAGUCAAGAGGGGGAAAGGGAGGUCUCAACAGGCUGUCAGCAGCAGGGCACAAGAAUGGAGGAACAUCAGGAAGCCUUUGGAGUGGAGAGGUCUCCUCUCCCGAGUCUCCUUCCCUUAGCUCUGGCCUUUGCAGUGGGAGGGGAUGAAUGAAUGGUUUGUUGCAGUCAGGAAGUGUAGAAAAAUGCAAAUGUAUCCUCCCUUUCUGGACAUCAGCCCAUAGAAUUGUAGAGUUGGAAGAGAGCCAAAGUUUCACCACUGCAGUGCAGGAAUCACAGCUAAAUAAUCUCUGAAAGAUGGCCAUCCAACCUCUGCUUAAAAGCCUUUGGAGGUAGUCCAUUCCCAUUGUCAAACAUCUCUUACCAUCAGAAAGUUCUUCCUAAUGUUUAGUCAGAAUCCCCUUUGAAUCUAUUGCUUUGGGUCCUUCCCUCCAGAUACACAGAAAGCAAGCUUGUUCCAUGUGAAAGGCCUUUAGAUAUUUGAAGGUGGCUAUCCUAUCUCCUCUCAUUCUCCUCUGCUCCAGGCUAAACAUCCCCAGCUCCCUCAACCAUUCCUCAUAAGGCUUUGUUUCCAGGCCCUUGGAUCAUCUUGGUCACAAAACCUCUGCACAUGUUCCAAGCUUUGCAUUCAACUGCAUCAAAUAUUCACGUCCAUAUAAAUGGCCUGCCUUCCUCCACACCAUGUGGCAAACUCCUUUCCUAAGGAAACUGAGCUCUUUCCCCUUGGGAGCUUAGCCCAGAAUUCAAGAUGGGAAUGCCAGAAGCAUGUUGGGCCCAAGGACUUCGCUUUAUAGCCUUGAGUAGCAGAAGGCCUUUGGGGUGGGAGAGUCUUGUAUGAGUGCAGGAGGGCAGGCCUGCAGUUCUCCCACAGGCCUGGGCUUGCUUUUUGAUGCUUUUGCUCCUUGCCAUAGAAUGUCACUUUCAAGAAGACAAAGCGACGGGUGAAGAAGAUCCGCAAGAAGGAGAAGCCAGUGAAGGCUGACGAUCUCCUGCCACUGAGCAGCAUGGACAGCGAGAGGGACUUUGGCUCCAGGUAACAGGGGCAGAAUGGGGCUGGCUGAGCAGGGGAGGGGCUGCAGAAGUCUUCCGUGGCUCUUGAGUGCUGCUUCCCACCUCGCGUGUUACCUCAGUUGGUGAGCAGGCAGGGGGUUUAUCCCUCCUAGACCCCUCUGCCCAAGAAGUGUCUCCGUGCUAGGUCUGGGGUGCCACAGCUUGUGAUCGCAUCACCUCUGGGGCAGAGAACUGCUUCCUGUGCUCAAUGUCUCCCCUGCAAUGGCUCUCUAGGGCUCGUGGCCGGGGGAGGAGGAGGAAGACUGCCGUGGUGGAGGAAGAAGAGGAGGAGGAAGAUGGUGAGGGCUACACGGAAUAUGCCAGGAAUGGAGCUUCAGAGCAGUUGCCCCAGUCAGACGACAUUCGGGUGGAGAGAAUGGAGAUCAGCAGUGAAGAUGGUGAGUCUGCUUGGGGAUGAUUGGGUGGCCGAAGGAGAGGGGGUUAGAGGCAUUCUCAAAGGAAAGUGCAUAAAGGAUUGGCUGAAGGUGUCUAUGUUUUAUUUUCUUCAUUUUAGACCUGUGGUUUUUUUUUACACAAUUGAAAAAACCUCUGUACAGUCAUACCUUGGUUUUCGAACAGCUUGGUUCUUGAACGUUUUGGCUCCCAAACGCCACAAACCCAGGAGUGUUCUGGUUUGCAAACUAUUUUUGGAAGCCGAACCUCCAAUGGAGCAUCUGCGGCUUCUGAUUGGCUGCAGGAGCUUCCUGCAGCCAAUCAGAAGCCACACUUUGGUUUUCGAACAUUGUGGAAGUCGAAUGAACUUCCGGAAUGGAUUCUGUUUGACUUCCAAUGGUGUUUGGGUUGGUUUACAACAGGGAUGGAGAACCUGUUUCAGGUAGAGGGCCACAUUCCCUUGGCCUUAUCUGCCCCAUAAACUGAAACACUGGCUCUGGCAUAGCCUGCCUUAACCUUGCUCCUUUCAGAGGUUUUGGACUACCAGCUACAGUUAGCCCCGGCCAACACAGUUUUGCUGAUGGGAGUAAUUUUAUAAGCUAUCUUGUUAUAUAGUAUUUUAUGUAUAGUUACUUUUCUGUUACUUUUAUUUAUUAUAGUCGAAUAAUGAUUUGUUGCAAUUGUUGAGAGUGAAUUUUGGUUUAUAAUUUUUGGAUACCGUACCUUGAAAGUCCAUCUUAUUAUGCAGGCUACUCCCCAUUUAUGUGGGGGCUGCGUCUGUGGCACCACACAGCCUGCCCCAUUCUGCCCCUGCUCCAUUCCUCCCCCCCCCCCCCCGUUCCAGCCCUGCCCCUUGCGGUGGCGAAAAUGGCACAGACAUUCGUGGUUCAUGCGCAAAUGGGGAGUUGCCUGUAUUCUAAAGGGAUUAUUGAAUACUACGUUAUUUGAUAGGUUAUUGUAAAAUCAUUUUUCCCCAUUAUGACUUAGUUGCAUUGGGUUGGAUUGUUCUAGGAUGUGUGCUCUUUCUUUUUACAUUUUGUUUCAACAGGCUUAUAAACUGUGUUGUGUAUAACAGCAGUGUAGAAAGGUGGCAUACAAAUUAAAAGUGAAAUGGAAAUGAAAGGGGGAGUUGGUAGUCCAAAAUAUUUGGAGGGUGCGAGGUUGCGGGAAGGCUGAACCUAGAAACUUGGGGGUGAGGGUUAAAGGCCAUGGUCCAUUGGGAGGCAGAUCUUUCUGAGCGCGAGGGUGGGGAAUCCAGGGUGAAACACUGUGGAAAUAAGACCUUUUUGCCUCCUUUUCUCCCCCUCUUUCUGGCAGAAGACGCUCUUGCAGGCCCUGACUCUCCUGCUGCCCUGGAGGAGGAUGAGGCGGAACUGGAGCUGCAGAAGCAGCUGGAAAAGGGGCGGAAGCUGCGGCAGAUCCAGCAGCUGAAGGACAGUGGGGAGAAGGUGAGGAAGCGAAGGGGAUCCAGCUGCCACAGAGGCUGACCUUGUAAAGCGGCAAGAGGUUCUCCUUGGCACCUCAAGGGCAAGGAGAAGUGUGGGUGCCAUGGGGCCUGGGUAGCCACCAAAUAUACCUCUGCAUAAGCUUCUGAGACCAUUUCCCGAAGGUCGUUUUUUUUAAAAAAAUAUAAUUUCAGAACAAACACAAAAAUAGAUAGGGAAAAAAACAUAUUGCAUUUGGAACUCAGAAACUUCAGUCCCACCGCCACCCCCUUUGCUAGAGAGCUUAAUGCUGCUGGAACAUCCAAAGCAUAUUCGUUUUACUUUAUUGGGGAGCUUUUAAUGUUUGAUGUAUUGUGUAUUCUCUUACAUUCUGCUGGAAGCUGCCGAGUGGCUGGGGCUACCCAGUCUGAUGGGCGGGGUACAAGUAAUAAGUUGUUGUUGUUGUUGUUAUGAUUCAAUGCAUGCAUAUAACUAUCAGGCCAAACAGAUUUGUGCUUGAUUGGAAGCAGUGUAUUGUUUAUUUUGUUUAUUUAUGGCUUUUACGUGCCACCGUUUUCUCCAAGGAGCUCAUUGUGGUGUAUGUAUUUUUCCCCUUCCUCGUGUAAUCCCCACAACAACCCUACGAGGUAGGGUAGGCCGUGAGGCAGCGACUGAGCUCAAGGUCAACCAGUGAGCUUUAUUGCCAAGUGUGGAUCCCUGAUUGCCCAGGUCGUGGUCUGACACUAAGCACUGCACCAUAGUCACAUAAUUCCGUAAAGGUGUUCAGUGUCCCCACAAAUGGAUCUCACUUUCUUCGACCCCUAAGUACUCUCCCAUUUUCCAGACAGCCUCCUGGAGGCCUUUGGACCCUAGCUACCUCUUCUCCAGUGUUACUAACCCUCCCCUUCCUGUCAACUUUUCAGGUCAUAGAAAUAGUGAAGAAGCUGGAGACCAGCCGAAGCCAAGAGGACGACGACGAGCUGGAGCGGAAGGGGGCCAUAGUCUUCAACGCCACCUCCGAGUUCUGCCGCACGCUGGGCGAGAUCCCCACCUACGGGCUGGCCGGCAACCGCGAGGACCAGGAAGAGCUCAUGGUAAUAAGCCUCUAAGGGAUGCUGGCCUGGUCAGUGCAGAUGAGACCCAAGUGGAUUGCUAACCAGCACCCCCUCCCAGUAUUGUGUUCCAAGAAGCAGCUGUCUGAUGUAGCCAUGGCUCUUCACACAGUGCAGCGUUAAUUUCUGGAACUCACUGCUGUGAGAUAGUUUUCAUUUAUUCCAUAAAAUGUACGCACCGCUUGAUUGUAAAAAAGGGGGCAGGGGAAUCCUCAAAGGAGUGAAUGCGGAAGUGUGGUCUAACCUGUUUUUACUUCAUUGCUGGUUUUCAUUAUUAUUUCAGUGUUUUAAAUAGCUCUGUUUAACUGUUUUUACAGGUAUUGUUAUGUUCUUUGUAACUGCUUUGAGGGUUUUUUUAACAAGCAAACGGUAUAUACAUUUUAUGAAAUUAAAUAAAUUAAAGUGCGAGGGAAGACCAUAACAUGAGAAGUUGUCUUAGAGUUGAGUCCAUCUGCCAUUGGGGUUUUGUCCCUUCUGCAUGCCAAGCAGUUGCUCUUCCCCUGGCUUGUAACACAGUCUCCUCCUCCUUCUCCCUUUAUCCCCUCUCAGGAUUUUGAGCGAGAUGACGAGAGGUCAGCAAAUGGGGGCUCAGACUCAGACGGGGAGGAGAACAUCGGCUGGAGCACUGUCAACCUGGACGAGGAAAAACAGCAGCAGGAUGUGAGUUUGCCUUUUGUGUGUAUGUGGGGGGGGGGUGUUCCAGGCUGGCGCUCUAAGAUUCCUUGGCAGCCAGUUUAGGACUGGCACCCCUUCCCCUUCUUGCCAGCAGCGGCAGUAAGCCCAGAGGCCUUGACAAGAUAUAGAAUAUAAAAUCUCCAACCCAGUUCAUGAAUUUAAAGAAAAGCUAGAUAUGAAAUCAUAGAACCACCGGCAGUAACCGUGUACACCAUCCUGCAGGGGUAACAAAACAUUGGGGUUUAGAUUUCUAAUACAUUAUAAUUCCUGUUACGGCUCGAACGUUUCUAAGCUGCUAGUGCAGAUGUAGCUACCAAGUGUAUAAUGUGCAGUUGUCCCUCAGCUUAGAAGUUCAGCAACUACUUCCUGAAGUUAUUGAUCUGGAUACAACUGAGGAUCAGGUGAGAGGAAUUUCCCCGUGGGCUCCAAAUUCAAAGGAGAGAACAGCAAACAGUGCGUGGUGUCUUCAGUCGGAUUCCACUAAGAUACACAUUCCUUUCUGUAACUGGGAUUCCAAGGGAUUUCCCACCCAAAUGUGCUGAAGGCAUCUGCUGGAGUCUAAAUUCCAGUGGGUCAGUACAGGCGGGGUGAACUGAGCGUGAUCCCCCCCCCUUCUUCUUCUUCUUCUUUUUUUUGUUUUUGUUAUGCAGUUCUCAGCAUCCUCCACCACCAUCUUGGACGAGGAGCCCAUUGUGAACAGGGGCCUGGCGGCUGCUCUUAUGCUCUGCCAAAACAAAGGUAAGGGCUGUUUGUGUGUGUGUGUGUGUGUGUGUGUGUGUGUGGAGGGUGAGGGGUUGGCCAGAGCCUUCCACCUGCAGGCCUGUGUGUUGGUCAGCCUUCCAUUGGUGUAGAGGAGGGGGCUCCAUCUGCAUUUCAUGUCCGCUGGCACUCUUCCUCCAAGAGGGCUGCAUGAGUAGGAUAUUGCAAGUCCAUUUUCUUUCUCUCUCCUCCUCCUCACUAGGCUUGCUGGAGACUACCGUACAGAAGGUGGCAAGAGUGAAGGCACCCAAUAAGUCGCUGCCAUCGGCAGUCUACUGCAUUGAGGACAAAAUGUGAGUGGCUUGUUGGGUGGGGGAAGGAGCUCCUGGCUCUCCAGUGCCAAAUCAGGCAGGCAGAGAUGCUUCAAAGGGUGGAGGUGGGACAUCCCUGGAACCAGAUAGCCUGGGGUAGGAAAUUUCUAGACGUGGCUAAACCAGCAGAGCUGAAGACUCAGUAUUUGCCAGGCUGGACCAGUGAGGUUAAGGCUGCUCUGUUCCCUCCUCCUUACAGGGCCAUUGAUGACAAAUACAGCCGGCGUGAAGAAUACCGGGGCUUCACUCAGGACUUCAAGGAGAAAGACGGUUACAAGCCAGACGUGAAAAUAGAAUAUGUAGAUGAGACUGGGCGCAAACUCACACCCAAAGAGGUACUACUAGGCAGGGCUAUCAGCCUUCUUCUGGUAUGAUAGAUGGCUUAUAUUAUGGUAUACUAUGCAUAUGGUAUAAUAAAACCAAGCAAGGCAGUUUUAACGGAGCAGCUUCCUCACUUCCAGGAGGGAGUAACUGGUUCUCAAUAGGGCAGCUGCCUGAUAAAAUAUUUUUUUGUGUGUUGGCUGGUUAGUGGAAGCUGCUGUCCAAAACAUCGGGGGGGGGGGCCUGGUUGGGCAAGGCUGGCUCAGUCUCAACUAAUAGGCAUCUGUGGUCCUAGUUCUCAGCCUUGGUCUGCUUGAGGUGCAGCAGCCAACCCAGCUGAAGCUGUUUAACCCUCCGGUCUUCUUCUUGCUCCAGGCGUUCCGACAGCUCUCUCACCGCUUCCACGGGAAGGGUUCUGGGAAGAUGAAGACCGAGCGGCGCAUGAAGAAACUAGACGAGGAGGCGGUGAGUGAAGGGAAAGGGAGGCACUGGCCAGUUCCAGUAGCGUGGAGGAUCUGAGACCAUCCCACUUGCCUGUUCCCCAAAAUGAUUGGUCUCUCCAGGGCCUGCUGAAGUGUGGCGCCCAUUUCCCCUUUCAGGAAGGGUAGCUUUUGACCAGCCAUUGAAAUGUGCCUCUUUACAUUAGUGUGUGAGACAUCGACUAGGGUGAGGAAUUGUGCAGAGGGCAGGAGUACAGGGAUGGUGAGGGAAGUGGUCCUGAUUGGAUCUGUCUCCUCUUCCUCCAGCUCUUGAAAAAGAUGAGCUCCAGCGACACCCCUCUGGGCACGGUGGCUUUGCUGCAGGAGAAGCAGAAGGCCCAGAAGACUCCUUACAUCGUGCUCAGUGGCAGCGGGAAGAGCAUGAAUGCGUAAGGAAUUGCAGGGGGAGGGGAUGUCUUGGGGCUGGUGUGAGAGAGACAGGGCUGCCAGGUGGGGAUCCUUCCUGCUAAGGAGAAGGGAGACAGCCUUCUCUGUGGUCGACUCUGCAGCUGACUGUUUGGCUCGCCUGUCUGCCUUGAUAAAGUCCUGAAAAUAUCUCCACAAGUCACUCUCAAGCAGCCAGUCCUCACAAAAGUUUGCCGAUCACAUCGGCAGAGAGUGGGGCAGUACUAAAUGCUCAUGGUGUGCUGUGCAUUCUAAGCCAUCUGUACUAGGAAGCGUGUGGCUGAGGCUUGAACCAGAUGGAUUCUGGCGUUGUAGCUGCUGUUUCCACCCCUUUCAUUUUCCCUGCUAGGGGAGAGGAGCUAAGAGCUUCUCCAUUCUCUGGAGGAGUGGGCAGGUGGCGUCUCUCUUGCUUGCUGCAUCCAGGCCUUUUGCUAACUGGUUUUUCUCUCUCUUCUCCCUCAACAGAAACACCAUCACCAAAUAAAGGUCUUUGCUUUCUGCAUCGGAGAGAAAUGUUUGCUCAGGAUUCUGCGGAGCAGUACUGUGGUUGGGGUCCCCGCAGAGGGCCUAGGUCCAUUGCUUCCUGAAGGAAACGUGUUCAUCAUGUCCCUUCCCCACUUUGAAAUAUGGGGAGGGGUGUAUAUAGUUGUGGAGCUGAGUUUUUAGCACCAUUUUUUUGUAUCUAUAUGUGAAACCAAAUAGCUUAAGUAAAAGUAACUGCUUCCUCACUCAC